AUGCUUUCCCGCCUAAGAUAUUCAGUCGCCAACCAAUCAGGUUCCUGGAAUCGGCCGACACGCAGAUACCGCGUUCCUAUUGGUCUUUACGGGAACGCGUGGUCACAUACCCUCGGAUUAGGUGUAGCUGUGCGAGUGAGGUCCAACGACAAACGAGCAGACCUGAGUCAGCAUGGCGGGGACCCAGAAUGUAGCCACGUUGUAGAGAUCCGAUCUUCAGAGGCCUUUCGCCAUCACACAGGAGAAGACUGGAGGAUCCGCCUCGCAGGACCCCUCGAGGCUGAGGACCCGAGGGUGAUAUCGUGGGUGAAGGAGGAGCACCUGAGUCCUCCUUCAGACCUGCCUUAUAACCUCGACCUCGGGGCUAAUGUCGACUUCAAGAAGCUUCAGUACUGGCAGAGGGUUCAUCAGGGGAUUCUGGAUGUGCUGCGGGGCAAGCGCGGCGGGUUCUUCCUUGAGGCGGGGGCGCUGGACGGCUACUACCAGUCCAACACGUUCUUCCUGGAGCGGGACUUGGGCUGGACCGGCCUCCUGGUGGAGCCCAACCCCGUGUUCUUCGAGGCGCUCCUCGCGCGCCACAGGAGGGCCUGGGCCACGGACCUCUGCCUCGGGACCAAGCCGUAUCCAGUGAAGACAGAGUUCUGGGUGCACACGGGCGCGGACCCGUGGCAGAGUCUUAUCGCUGCGUCACGGAGUGGUCUUCUGAAGGAACACCUGGAGAAUUACGAAAACGGAGGACUCGACAGCGGCUCAGUGGUGGAGGUCAACUGCGUGCCGGCCAUCAGCAUCCUCUCCGCCCUCAACGUGACCCAGAUCGACCUGUUCUCCCUCGACAUCGAGAACGCCGAAGUGGCCGUCUUGCAGUGGUUUCCGUUCGACAGGGUGCACGUCGAGGUGCUGGUGGUGGAGCACUGGACGUCGGGAGACCCAAAGGACAGCCGGGGCUUCGUGCGUCUGGUGGAGAGCAAGGGCUUCUCCUUCUACCGGAGGGACAACCACGACUACUUCUUUCUCCACCAGCGUCCGAGAUGGGUCCUCGCGCGCCCCGGAGACGAGGGCGCUGUGGACAACCUGGAGCCUUAUGAACCACUGAAAGCAGGGAGCAAAUGAUAUUUCUGUUUAUCUCUUUCUUUCAUUUUGAAUGUGAUUAAUUCUUUUUUUUUUUUCUUCAUCUCUCUCUCUCUCUCUCUCUCUCUCUCUCUC